CAUGAUCAGUCGACCAGAUCUGGAGGCAGAGGAGGCUCCGAUAGGAAGAGUUUGAAGAGUCAAACCUCAAGCUCAACAAAUAAAAGGUACUCUUUCGAGGACAGCCUGCACCUCCUGGGUCUGGAUGAUAGUUCAGAGGAAGGAAGCUCAAAUCCCAUCAUAACCAAAGGUGCUUACCUGUCUCUGAUUUUCCUGCGUCAUCUCAAACUCAGACAGCUCCAGCGCAUCUCUCUUGGACUGCUGAACUACCUGCGCUCUGUGGAGAGGACUUUGACCUUUGACCUGGCAGGUCUGCAGCUGGAGGAACAAGAGCUGUGCAGCACAGCGGAGGAAACGGGCUGGAUGAAUGCAGCCAGAGGGGGAAGAGGGGAGGCAGGAGGUCUCGGCUCACUCCAGUACAGCCACAACACUCCUGUUGACUGUAAGGUCCAUUGCUCACAGUUCAUGGAGUUUGCUGAGGUGGAGAAUCUUCAUGAUUUCUACAGCUCAGAGGGGCAGUUUGUCCACACUCAGGACCAGCGAGGUUUUUACGUCGUGUACGACGCUGCUCUGAAGGACCUGGAGGAGCUGGAGAACGAGCUUCUUCUUGUCGGCUCACAUUUCAUCCAGAGAAACGGGAUGAAGAAAAUGGCCAACACAGAGAGAGCCCCCACCUCGACAGCAGAAGUCCACUCCUGGGCCGGGACAGAUGUCGACCGUGUUGCAGUGCUUCUCGACUUGUGGACAUGUGAGACAGAGUUUUUGGAGAGCAAAGUGCAGCUCUUGAACUGUUACUAUGAGGCCUACCAACAUGCAGUGGGGACUGAGGAGAGGUUUGCAUUGGCUCGAGUUAUUACUGACAUCAUGCACAGUAGACCACAACUGGACCUGAACCUGGAUUACUUUGUUCAGACCUACAGAGCUGAGAUAGGCUGCCUGCGAAGCCACCUACGGCUGAUCAGAGACAUUUUGGACAAUCAGAUUGAAAAACAGCGGCAGUACCUCCAACACAUCUGGAGAGACGACCGCAAAGGCUCUGUUUGUGAUUAUGGCCUUCCACCAAACUACGUUCCCAACCAUCUGGUCUCACUUGGAGGCAGCAGCCCCGCUCUGAUGAACGUUUUCCUCCUGGAGGUUCAUCCAUCUCUCUGCCUGGCUUCUGCAGUCUACCACAGUUUAUCUCAGGCUCACACAGAGCUCUGUCGGCUGCACCGAGCCACGGGCAUCACCGACAAACUCACCCUGCGACAGAAGCUCCUGCGGCAGGCCCUGCAGAGCUGGAGUGACCUGGCUUCGCCUGGAGCCUCCUACAGCACUCAGAUACAGAAGGAUUUGUUCUCAGAUGUGUUUUUUGAGGACCCGAUUUUGGUCCAAAAGGUGGGGCUGUCGUUAGUAAGAUCUGCAGAGGAGAGGGACAUGACGCAGGGAAGAGAGAAACAGCUGUAUGCUGUGGAAACUUUCUCCCGGCUCCUGGAGCUCGUCACCGUCCGCCAUCGUCUGCUGGAGUCGGCCUCGGAGACGGCACAUCUGGCCCAGUUGUACAGAAGCAUGGCUUCAGAGCUAGGCUUUGAUGGCUUCCACCUUUUUCUGAGGCCGGUGCAGUUUGAGGUCGCUGAACCCAAAGACAAAGCAGUGCAGAGACCUGUUUUUAUCACAGCGAUACUGGAAGAUGACAGCUCUGUGGACAGGUUCACCCCGUCCCACCUGCCUCUGAGCAUCCAGGAACUGGACGAGAACCAGAUCGGGAGGUUCAGCUUCAGCUCAGAGGAGGCAGUUAUUCAUCUCAUGAACAGACAGAGUGUAGAGAACCUGCAGGUGACUCUGGCCUGUCAGGUCACACAGAAGAACGCUUUGAUAAGUGCUGUGAAACUGGUCUGUCUUUGUCGCUGGGCCCCGAGUGUGACCCCUCCAGCUGAGAGUGAAGCCGCUUUUCAUUCUGACAAAGAUGUAAAAUUUGACUCCAAACGGGGAAAGGACACCAACAAACAGCAGCAAAAAUCAGACUCGUCACCCUCCAAAGGCUCAGCGAGAACUCCCUCCAUGACCAAGGAGAGGCUGAUGGAGGCUUUUGUGUCCAUCCAGCUGGAAAAAGUGGGUCUGCGUGACGAGAUGCUGAAUUCAUUUCUGAAGAAGAAACAGGCCGUGGGGGGUCUUAUAAAAACCCCGGAGGAAGCUGCAACGAUCAAAAGGAGGCUCAUAAUCGACUUUCUCAAGAGAUUCAGCACACAAAUAUCUCUGUAUUGUGUGAGAGCACAGAUUGUUGCAUAUUACAACAGUCUGACCUUCCUUUUGGACGACGUCCCCUCCGUCCGUCAGUCCCACUUCAUGUUCGGACAAGCAGGGGAGCCAGAGGUCAUUUUGGAUUCUGGAGCUGACCUUUGCCCUGACCCCCGGAGCUUUCAGCGUCGGCCGCAGCAGCUGCUGUCUGCAGACGGCAAAACUCUCCUCAACCUGUGGUUCAUCCCUCAUUUCUCUCAAGUGCUUCACAUGUUCAACACGCUGAAUGUUUCGGCAUGCGCCACAGCUCUCCAUCACACUCUGCAGAUAGUUUCAGGUCUUCAUGACAUAUUUUAUUACGCGGUUAGUUUCUCCAGAUUGGGAAACACAGAAGACUCCUGGAGCUGCAGGAGAGGACAGGAUGUACCAUGCUCACUCGCAGCUGACUGGGGAGGCGCUGAAGGCGUUGGCGCAGAGCUGCUGGAAAUCCAGCGUCAGGUCGACCGUCUGUCUGAUCCCAGCAGCCCAGAGUGCGUCGGCCGCCUGCUGCAGCUGCACCAGCGGGUCCUCCUGCUGCAGUUUGACACUGCCGUCAGACACCUCAUCAGGGAGGCGUUCCUCUCCUCUGGUGAUGUUGCCUCUUACCAGAGUGUGAGCGACAACAUGGCGGUUGCCCUCCCCCUGCUGAGUGACAGUAACCAGACUGACGUGUUCAGUCUCAUGCUGCCUGUUCCUCCAGAGACUCGAGGCUGUCAGGCACAGAGGUUGUAUCCAUGGAGAAGCUUCAUAACCUGUCAGGGAUUGUUCCCUGUGCAUGUUUGGGACAUCCCUCCCAUCGAGUACUGCAUGCAGCUGUGUCUGAGCGGCCUGAGCGAUCGCAGCCGACUGCAGGCCAACGCAGCCAUCCUCGGCGUAUCACUGCUCAUGGAGGACGUCCUGAACAGCGGGGGAGAGGCCGAGCCUGUUCGUCUCCAUGGCAACAAAGACGACCUUCUGCACGAUGGGAAACCUAACGAAGGGGAAACGCUCUGCUCGGAAGCUGAAGCAGAGAAGACUUGUGUGUCAGACUCCUCUGCUCCUCUCCAGGAUCCGAUCAGAGUCCAGUCUGUGCUGAGAGGUUUCCUCCUGCUGACGAAGCAGCUGCAGGUGUUCAAGGAGAGCUGGGCCCGAAGGCGUUUGGGUGCUCAGGUGUUCGGGACGCCCAGGUCGUAUCAACAGUUUGUCAAACUCUACAGAGCUGAAAUCUUUUACCCCAGCAUGAGAGCUCUAGCUCAACAGAUGGGUAGAGAGCGGGACUACGAGGUCCUAAUUUCUGGCAGCCAGUCUUUCCUGCCUCCACCUGGAGCUUCAGAGGUUGAUGUGAAAGCCUGGCAGCUUCACAGACUGCUGGAGAGCACCGAGUGCGACAUGAUCCGAGCGGUGCAGAGUAGGAUCAGCAGAGAGCUGACACUGGUGGUUUCAGAGCGAACUCGACAGGACACAGGCCUCCCUACAGAGCUGUGGAGGAAAACCCCACAGAAGCACAGUUUGUCUCCUGAGCGGCCGCAGAUUGUGGAGGCGUUCAUCCAGCAGCUGAUGGAGGGAGCUGAAGAAGCUGAGGGACAGCUGAGAGUCUCUCAGGAUCACCUCCAGCAGUGUCUCACUAACCUCGGCUGUUCUCUGAUGGAGCGCGAGCGUCGCAGCUUCCUGCUUUACUCGCAGUUUUAUGAGCGAAUCCUGCAGCAGGAGACUCAGCUCCUGUAUCAGAGAGAACAGGAUUUAAAGAAUCUUAAGGACUCGCAGACAAGCAGCUCUCACAUAGAGGUGGCCGCCGUGUGUCGUGGGAUGAUGUUGGAGGUCUCGGCGCUGCAGGCCCGAGUCGCUCACCUGGAACGAGAGAGGAGCACUUUAGAGGAGCAGCUCGCUCUCAAAUCCAGAGAACGCUACGAGCCUCUGGUCCGACACCUCUUCGCCACCUGCAUCCAGCUGAAGGCCGGGCUUGAUGAGUACCGCCGGCAGAUGGAGCAGGAUGUGAGUGAGAUGGUGAACAGAAUAAGAAGCGAAGGAGUGGACAGAAUUAUUAAAGUCAAGAAGAAGUACGGCUGCACCGAAGACGACGGCAGACUCGCAGUUGCACAGUUAAAGAAAGAAGAAGUCCACGAGCUGCAGGUGGAGAACAGCCGGCUGGCUGCUCUGCUCUGCAAACUGAAGGCUCUGAGCAGCUGGAGGCAGCUGGUCGACCAGGAGAAACUUCACCGACGGCUGCGUCAAACUCAGCAGAGGGAGAUCACCAGCCGCACUGAGGCUCUCAGGGUGAAGAUGACGUCGGAGGAGGAAGUGGUUUUCCUGCAGGAGGAGCUGGAGGCCGUGAGGAGGGAGCUGACCCGCUGUCAGGCCGAGUGCAGCAGCACCAAGAAGCUGCUCAGCAGGAAGGCAGAGGAGCUCCAGGUGUUCAGGCAUCAGUCUGCACAGGAGGCCCGCAGCAGGCAGGAGCUGGACACCUAUCGGGUGCAGAGCCUGGAACAAAUGAGAGCCGACGUGGAGGACAGAGAGACACAGCUGAGGGCGCUGAGCCAGCAGCUGGACAGAGGCAGCAGGAUGAACCAGUUCCACAGAGAGCGCAGUGCCAAGGAGAUCCGACAGAUGAGGGGCCAGCUGCGGAAAGAGCUCGGCCUCAAACAAGAAGCCUUUCAGCGGGUGCACACACUGCAGAGCCAGGUGAACGACAUGGAGGCAGCUUUCUCCAGGUGCGCCUCUACGGCAGGGCAGAGCAGGAAUUAUUACACGCUGUCAGUCAGCAGAUUGAGUGCUAUAAGUCCCUCAGCAGGUCUACAGAGGGCCAGUCAGCAGCUUGGCAGCCUCACAAACUACACCACCCUUCAGGACGUCUCCACAGAGCCAAAACGCCAGAAAGCAGAAACAGCCAGGAGCCGUUCUAACGCCAGAUUAGACCGAGCGAAAGCAGAUCCGACUCGCCUGCGAGCCCUGACUGCUGAGGCGACGUUGCCGGGCCUGUGAGAUUUACUGCUGGGUAUUCUGUAAAGCAGCAUCAACUUGUUAAACAAGUUAGCUGCUGUUUGACAUGCAGAGUGCUCUGUGGUUUCCGUGCCGACGGCUGAAUCUCCACAUUUACUGUGUGUUCUGCAGGUGUGUGAGCAUUGCAUAUUUAUGUUGUUUUCAAUGACAUAAACCUCAGCAAGGGUUCGCUCAUUCUUUUUCAUCAAAGCGUUUUAUGAUCCAUUUUAGAACAUCACCCACCACAGUCAUACUAUACUGUACCAGUGUGUUCCCUUCAAACACAGUGCAGCACCAUUAUGCUGCUCUGGUCCAGAUUUCAGUCCCACAUGACCUUUUGCUUCAUUUAAAACUGAUCAUUUCUCUCAAUUGAAAAUAAAAUAUUGCAUUCACUCUGACAUUUCUUAAAGCCUGCUGAAGGUCUUUAGAUUAAUUCAUGCAUUAAUCUUAAGCAGUGGUUUCAAUUCAUGUUCAGUACUGGCUGCAAUCGACUAAGUGAUGCCUGAAGCUUGAUUGAGAUAA